UGUCAGCUUAACCUGUUUUUUUUUUUUUCAAUAAAAACAAAAGUGCGGUCAGUGAGUGUGGCAAGUUUACACAUUUUAUUUAAAAAUCAAUUGUUCAACGCGUGCUCUAUUUCUUCGAAUCAUAUCUUCGCCAGCACGAUGCGCCCAACUCCAACACUGAUGCGGGUCCGCCUUCCGCAGCUGGAAAAUCGAGUUCCAUUCCAGGAAAUUCUACCGCUUCGGCUGAAGAACCAAGUCAGUGGUAAGACGGACAAAGGUAGCGAUGUCGCGUGCUUACAGGAGAUGGCCGUCAUGUUCUCGUGCCUGAAGGCGAACGACUUCAACGAAGAUCUCUGCCCAAAGGAGGUUUCGACAUUCAAGCAGUGCUAUAAAGUGUACUUGGACAAGAAGGCCGUCAAGAAGGAAACCUCCAGCAAAGGUAUCCUGGUGCCCGGAAAAGACCUGAACUAUAAACAAUUGAACAAAGUGCUAGAGCAAUAUCCUUCCAAGCCUAGAAAACCUUAAGGUCUAUUCUUUUGUUACGUUCUAGUUGAUUAUAUAAAAAUGUGUACUCAAAG